CCCUAGUUUUCUCUUUCCCGGGUUGAGUCUCCUUUUCCCCACGGCUGGUUCUGCGCCCUUCAUCAUCUCAUUAGAAAUCCUGCCUUCCUACUCUUGGCGUCCAGUUGUCAGCCCUUUGCUAGUCCGAGGUGUAGCCUUGCUGUUGUCCCAGAGGUUCUCCUGGGACUUUCCGAACCCAGCUCCUUUUAGGACCCAGGGGAAGUCUAAAAUCAGCCGCCUCCUAUCCCCUGGGCAAGUUCCUGGUAGAAUUCUGAGGUGGGAAGAGUCAAAUAGGAGAGGUGGCAGUGGCACCUGUUCCCAGUACCGAGGCCUGAAGUCCCUUGUGCCCUCAUCUCAGGGUUUCUUCCCACAGUGGGCUACCAUGAAACUGCACCGAAAGUCCGUGCUCCGUUUCUUCCGUGGGUACAGAACACAGGCUCCAGACCGGGAGGGCAUCCUGCUAAAGAAGGGGGCCCGAAAUACCAGUUAUCAGCGCCGCUGGUUCAUCCUUCGAGGAAACCUCCUCUUCUACCUGGAACACCAGGCUGACCACACACCCCUGGGUCUCAUCCUAUUAGAGAACUGCCAGGUGGAGCCACGCCUUGGAGCCACAGAACCUUAUGCCUUUACCAUUCGGACUCCAGGGGGAGAUGGUGGGCGGGCCUACAGGCUGGCAGCAGAAAACCAGGAGGAGCUGAGAGCCUGGCUGUGGGCGUUGGCCGGAGCCACCUGGUCGCGGCUGGCUGAGCUGCUACGCCCCCUGGAGGCCCAGUACCGGGAGCUGUGCCAGGCAGCUGGCCAAGAGCCCGGCUCACCCCCAGAGGACUGUGGCUCCCCAGCCACCCCCAGGACCCUCUUCAGCUUCCAGGAGUUGCAUGAGCACUUUGGAAAGGAGAUCCGGAUGCUGCAGGCUGUCCAUAGACAGUUCCAGGAGGCCAGUGACAACGGAGGCAGCAGAUCCCCAGCAGGUGGAGGUGAAGCAGGAACGCAACAACUGUGUUGAUGAGUGACUAAUAGACUAAAGGCCCAAAGGUAUCUGCCAAGUCCAGUCAACAGCUUCCAGAGACACCCAGAUCCUUGCUAACUCGUCACUCCCUCCCUCCUUGUCCUUACUUUAACCCCACUCAUCAAAUAACAAGGCAAAAGACAGGCCCAGGUACAA